AUGAAGGAUAUGAAAUUUGAUUUGAGUCUGUUUUGGUGUCUGGAUUCCUGUGAAGCAAUCGAUCGAGCAACAAGAAAAAAGGAAAAGGUUGCUGUUGUUUUUUCUGUGACGCCACCGGAUCAAGCAAGGUCGGAUCUUGAAUCGGAUUUAAUAUCGCUUCGUCCACAGGGACGAAAUGGGUCAACGCCGGGGAUUUCUUCGUCUCCUUUGCCAUCUCCGGUGGCUCCGUUGAUUUCUCCGGUGAAGACUAACUAUUUCGCGCUGCAGCAUCUUAGACCGGGUUUUGUGGAUGAUGGGCUUCAAAUUAUCCAAGGGAAUAUGAUGAUGCUUGCCUUCAAAUGA